AGCGUGGCGUGUCUUGUGACUUUGAUAAAGUAAUUAAAUAUCAGCAGCCUCAAAGCCUUGAGCAUCUCUGCUGUUAAGACACUUUCUAUUGAUUGAAACAACAGAAAAGGUUAUGCUGCCUAUAAACUCCUGCUUGAGUCUCAGUGAGAAAGAGAAGGGCUAAAGCCUGUCUAGAAAGAAGAGUUGUUCAUCGUCGAGCACAGAGAUCAGACGUCAACCAUGAGUGACCCUGUCACCUCGGAUAAACUCGCCAACGCUGUGGCUUCAGUUGUCCUCAAUCCUGAGGCAUCAGUCCAGCCAGUGCGAGGUUCACAAAGAUCAGAAGAAGAGGAGGAUGGUGACCUGAACAAAGCAUUAGGCGUUCAGCGUUUCCAGCAGAUCCUGAACCCAGCUCCCAGAGUUCCCGGCGAACAGCACCGUGUCUACAAUGAGGAAGAUUUUGAGUAUCAUCGUCACUCGUCCCAUCACAUCCACCAUCCACUCUCUAAACUCCCAGGAGAUGGCCGGAGGAAAAAGGGUGCACGCAAGAGGAGGAAAAGCAGCAGCAGAGAUCACCGAGUGAACUCUGGUCCCAGCAGUCCUCUAGCCAUUGAGGAAGAUGACGAUGAGGAGGAAGAGGAAGAGGCUACGGAUGGCCAGAGCACCCUCACGAUGUCACCAACCGAAGCUGAGAGCAAAGACGAUGUUCAGUUUUUUGUUUCGGACGAUGACCCUCAUGUACCCAUGCCUGAGGGUUCAGAGUCUUAUUCUGCACGGGGACUUCUGAUCGUGCCCACCGCUGCUGUGUGCUCUGAACCGGAGGACAGCUCGACCACCGAAACACCUGAACCGGCUCCAGUGACCUCCGGCACCACUGAAUCCAGUUCUCUGCCCCGCGUGUCGAGUCGCAGCUACGACCUUCAGGAGAGACGUCGCACAGGCAACAUGACGGGCACUGAGCAGGCCAAAUAUCAACGAAUACCCACAGAUGAGUUUGAGGCUCAAACCCUCGCCUCCGCCGACCUGGACGGCAUCAAAAGUCAUCGAUUCGAAGAUGUUCCCGGGGUCCGUCGACAUCUGGUUAGGAAAAGCAUGAAGGGUCAGGUGGUGCACAUUAGCAAAGAUCAUAAGGAGCCCAGCACACGCAUUCGCAAACUGGACCGGACGCCGCACGAGGUGUUUGUGGAGCUCAAUGAACUCAUCAUGGAUAAAAACCAGGAGAUGCAGUGGAGAGAAACGGCUCGCUGGAUCAAGUUUGAAGAAGACGUGGAGGAAGAAACCGACCGUUGGGGGAAACCGCACGUCGCGUCGCUGUCCUUCCGCAGUCUGCUGGAGCUGAGGAGGACUAUAUCUCAUGGAGCGGUGCUGUUGGAUUUGGACCAGAAAACGUUGCCCGGCAUCGCCCAUCAGGUAGUUGAACAGAUGAUCAUCUCGGACCAAAUCAAAGCCGAGGACAGAGCCAACGUCCUCCGCGCUCUCCUACUCAAACACAGUCACCCGAGCGAUGAGAAGGAACACAGCUCCUUCCCCAGGAACAUCUCAGCAGCGAGUCUGGGCUCCCUGAUCGCCCAUCACCAGAGCAGCAGUAACCAUCUCACAGUCCCCGAACCCUCGGUCACGGAGCCUCUGAUGGGGACCAGUCAAGACAGCACGCACAUCGACAUGGAGAAGAACGAGAAGGAGUCGUCUCCAGCUAUAGGCAUGCACAGAUCCAAAUCUAAACAUGAGCUGAAACUUCUAGAGAAAAUUCCAGAAAAUGCUGAGGCAACUGUUGUACUUGUUGGCAGCGUUGACUUUCUGGAGCAGCCCACCAUGGCAUUUGUUCGGUUACAGGAGGCUGUGGAACUAGCCUCGGUGUUGGAAGUACCGGUUCCUGUGCGCUUUCUCUUUGUGCUGCUAGGACCUCCCAGCACCAACAUGGACUACCAUCAGAUCGGACGUUCCAUUUCCACGCUCAUGUCUGACAAGCAAUUUCAUGAAGCGGCAUAUCUGGCAGACGACCGACAGGAUCUGCUGAACGCUAUUAACGCUUUUCUGGACUGCAGUAUUGUACUUCCUCCGUCUGAGUUGGGCGGUGAAGAGCUCCUGCGCUCCGUCGCUCACUUCCAAAGAGAGAUGCUCCGCAAGAGAGAGGAGCAGGAGGUGGCCCUGCUGUCCAAAGAGUCAAAAAGCCUGGAGGAGAAAGAGGCCUUGUUGGCGCCUUUAAAGCCUGAAGACGACCCUUUGCAACGCACUGGUCGUCUGUUCGGCGGGCUGAUCCGUGACGUCCAACGGCGCUACCCGAAGUACAUCAGCGACUUUAAAGACGCGCUGAACCCCCAGUGCAUGGCUGCCGUCAUCUUCAUCUAUUUCGCCGCUCUUUCUCCUGCGAUCACGUUCGGAGGCCUGCUGGGUGAGAAGACCGAAGGCCUGAUGGGUGUAUCAGAGCUGAUUGUGGGCACAUGUAUUCAGGGUGUGUUGUUCUGUCUGCUCGGGGCACAACCGCUUCUGGUGGUGGGCUUCUCUGGACCCAUCCUGGUGUUUGAAGAAGCCUUCUUCUCGUUCUGUAAGAGCAACAACAUGGAGUACCUGACGGGUCGGGUGUGGAUCGGAUUCUGGCUCAUCAUCAUUGUGGUGGUGAUGGUGGCGUUUGAAGGCAGCUUCCUGGUCCGAUUCGUGUCCCGCUUCACGCAAGAGAUCUUUUCCUUCCUUAUCUCUCUUAUCUUCAUCUAUGAGACCUUCUCAAAACUGGCCAAGAUAUUCCAGGAGCAUCCUCUGAGACGCUGCUCCGCUGUGGUCGUUGAUCUUAACGGCUCGGAGGUCAACUCCAGCAUGGAGAACGCGACCUUCAGUCCAAUAGUGACGAACAGCAGCUCGCCCGAGGUGGUGAAGGUGGUCGGGGAGCCUAAUACCGCUCUGCUGUCCUCUGUGCUCAUGUCUGGAACCUUCUUCAUCGCCUUCUACCUGCGCAAGUUCAAAAACAGUGCUUUCUUCCCUGGCAGGCUAAGAAGAGUUAUUGGAGAUUUUGGAGUUCCUAUUGCAAUUCUUAUCGUGGUUCUGGUAGAUACCAGUAUUCAAGACACAUACACACAGAAACUGAGUGUACCUCGAGGCUUUUCUGUGACGAGCCCUGAUAAGCGUGGUUGGAUUAUCAACCCGCUGGGCACAGAUGGUCAGUUUCCUAUCUGGAUGAUGUUCGCCAGCUUCCUCCCUGCACUGCUGGUCUUUAUCCUCAUCUUCAUGGAGACACAGAUCACCACGUUGAUAGUCAGUAAGAAGGAGCGCAUGCUGGUGAAAGGCUCUGGUUUCCAUCUGGAUUUAUUGCUCAUUGUGACUUUGGGUGGCACCAGCGCUCUCUUCGGUUUGCCGUGGAUGGCCGCGGCCACCGUGCGCUCCGUAACCCAAGUCAAUGCCCUGACUGUGAUGAGCAAAGCCGUCGCCCCGGGAGAUAAACCACGCAUCCAGGAGGUCAAGGAGCAGAGGGUGACCGGGUUACUGGUGGCAAUACUUGUAGGACUUUCGAUUGUAAUCGGAGAUCUGCUGCGUCAAAUCCCCAUCGCUGUGCUCUUUGGCAUCUUUCUGUAUAUGGGUGUGAUGUCACUAAAUGGUAUCCAGUUAACAGAACGUGUUCUUCUGCUCCUGAUGCCCCCGAAGUACCACCCCGACCACAUCUAUGUGCGCAAGGUGCGGACGCUGCGGAUGCAUCUGUUCACGGCGGUUCAAGUGGUGUGUCUGGGUGUCCUCUGGGCCGUCAUGUCCACGGUAGCGUCGCUGGCCUUUCCGUUUGUUCUCAUCAUGACCGUCCCUGUCAAGAUGUUUGUCCUACCUCGCAUCUUCAGCAGCCGCGAAAUGCAGUGUUUGGAUGCAGAUGAUGCCGAGCCCACCUUUGAUGAGAAGGAGGGGCAAGAUGAGUACACAGAGAUGCACAUGCCGGUUUAAGCCACGCCCACAUCUUGGCAUCUCUCCCGUCUCCCUCUGUACCCAUCCGUCAGUCACACCCAAUGGGACAGUUGCCUUUCAAUCAUUAAAAAAACAAACCAGAAAUGCUGUGUGUCUUGACACAGAGGUCAGUGUACUAUAGAAGUGAGAAUAUUGCAUUCGUGCAUUUUUACCAGAUUGGAUCUCCACCCAACAUCUCCAAAGACUGAUGUUGUUUGUGCUGCUAGAACACCGUUAUAGC